AUGAGGGUGGCCUCCCGCAUCCCCGUCGCCCAAGGCGCGCGGGUGCACCGAGCGUGCCGCACCCUGACAGCCGUCGGGCUCAGGUCCCCGCGGGCCGGCCCUCGCGGCCUCCUCCGGGACCACACGGCGCUCGCCGGGCCGCGCGGCCACUUCCGGGGCACGCCCGAGGCCACACCGCACGGCACGGCUGCGCCGCCGUCUCCCCGUCCCCGUCGUCCAGAGGCGGGAGCACCACCCGAGGCGAGCUCGGAGGAGGAGCCGCUCGCGCCGCGCAGCGGAGGCGGAAGCCGGCGGGCCGAGCUGCGGCGCCGGGGCCACGGCAGGGGCGGCGGCCUCACGGGUCUGCUCGUGGGCACCCUGGACGUGGUGCUGGACUCCAGCGCCCGCGUGGCUCCUUACCGCAUCCUUCACCAGACCCAGGACUCGCAGGUCUACUGGACCGUGGCGUGCGGUUCUUCCCGUAAGGAGAUUACGAAGCACUGGGAAUGGCUGGAAAGCAACUUGCUGCAGACACUAUCCAUCUUUGACAACGAGGAAGACAUCACCACCUUUGUCAAGGGCAAGAUCCACGGCAUCAUUGCAGAGGAGAGCAAGAGCCUGCAGCCCCAGGGAGAUGAGGACCCCGGGAAGUUCAAGGAGGCUGAGCUGAAGAUGCGGAAGCAGUUUGGGAUGCCAGAGGGCGAGAAGUUGGUCAACUACUACUCUUGCAGCUACUGGAAGGGCCGUGUGCCCCGGCAGGGCUGGCUCUACCUGACUGUCAACCACCUGUGUUUCUACUCCUUCCUGCUGGGCAAAGAAGUGAGCCUUGUGGUGCAGUGGGUGGAUGUCACACGGCUGGAGAAGAAUGCCACGCUGCUUUUCCCUGAGAGCAUCCGUGUGGACACCAGGGACAAGGAGCUCUUCUUCUCCAUGUUCCUCAACAUUGGCGAGACCUUCAAGCUCAUGGAGCAGCUGGCCAACCUGGCCAUGCGGCAGCUGCUGGACAGCGAGGGCUUCCUGGAGGACAAGGCUCUGCCCAGGCCUAUCCGGCCACACAGGAAUAUCUCAGCUCUGAAGCGAGACUUGGAUGCCCGAGCCAAGAACGAGUGCUACCGGGCCACAUUCCGGCUGCCCAGGGAUGAGCGGCUGGAUGGGCACACGGGCUGCACCCUGUGGACCCCAUUCAACAAGCUGCAUAACCCUGGCCAGAUGUUCAUCUCCAACAACUACAUCUGCUUCGCCAGCAAGGGGGAAGAUGCGUGCCACCUCAUCAUCCCUCUGAGGGAGGUGGCCAUUGUGGAGAAGGCUGACAGCUCCAGUGUCCUGCCCAGCCCUCUCUCCAUCAGCACCAAGAGUAAGAUGACCUUCCUGUUCGCCAACCUGAAAGACCGUGACUUCCUGGUGCAGAGGAUCUCGGACUUCCUUCAGAAGACUCCCUCCAAAGAGCAGGGGGGCAGCCUCGUGGGAAGGGGAGCCAGCGCUGCAGAUGCAGCACCAGAGCUCCUCCCAGCUUUGCAAGAACUGCCCCAAGCACCCACCAGCCCGUCCUUGCCCCCCUGUGGCUGCUUGAGUUUCAGUGCCCAGGAGGUGCCCACUGCCUCCCAAGGCCUGCUCAAAGUCUUCCAGAGACAGUUGCCCCUGGAGGACCUCGGACCCAAGGGGGCCAAGGAAAAGGCGAAGGAGGAGGCAUGGAAUGCCCACUUCUUUGAGUAUGGGCGUGGCACGUGCAUGUACCGCACAGCCCAGACUCGGAAGCUGGUCCUCAAGGGCAUCCCCGAGAGUCUGCGGGGAGAGCUCUGGCUGCUGUUCUCUGGGGCCUGCAAUGAGAUGAUGACCCACCCCGGAUAUUAUGCUGAGCUGGUGGGGAAGUCCGUGGGGAAGUACAGCCUGGCCACGGAGGAGAUCGAGCGAGACCUACACCGCUCCAUGCCCGAGCACCCCGCCUUCCAGAACGAGCUGGGCAUUGCCGCACUGCGGCGGGUGCUGACAGCCUAUGCCUUCCGGAACCCCACCAUCGGCUACUGCCAGGCAAUGAACAUUGUGACAUCCGUGCUCCUGCUGUAUGGCAGUGAGGAGGAGGCCUUCUGGCUCCUGGUGGCCCUCUGCGAGCGCAUGCUUCCGGACUACUACAACACCAGGGUGGUGGGAGCCCUGGUGGACCAAGGUAUCUUCGAAGAGCUCACAAGGGAGUUCCUUCCCCGGCUCUCAGAGAAGAUGCAGGACCUGGGGGUGAUUGCCACUAUCUCGCUGUCCUGGUUCCUGACCCUCUUCCUCAGCGUCAUGCCCUUCGAAAGCGCUGUGGUCAUCGUUGACUGCUUCUUCUACGAGGGCAUCAAGGUGAUCUUGCAAGUAGCCUUGGCUGUCCUGGACGCCAACAUGGAGCAGCUGCUGGACUGCAGCGAUGAGGGCGAGGCCAUGACCGUGCUGGGCAGGUACCUGGAUAACGUGGUCAACAAACAGAGUAUCUCUCCCCCUAUCCCACACCUCCAUGCCCUGCUGACCAGUGGAGAUGACCCUCCUGUAGAGGUGGACAUCUUUGACCUCCUGAAGGUGUCCUACGAGAAGUUCAGCAGUCUGAAGGCUGAAGACAUUGAGCAGAUGCGGUUUAAGCAGAGACUGAGAGUGAUCCAGUCCUUGGAGGACACAGCCAAGCGGAGUGUGGUCCGAGCCAUCCCGGGGAAUAUUGGUUUCUCAAUUGAGGAGCUGGAGGACCUUUACAUGGUGUUUAAGGCCAAGCACAUGGCGAACCAGUACUGGGGCAGCAGCCGCACAGCCGCCAGCCGCCGUGACCCCAGCCUGCCCUUCCUGGAACAGUACCGGAUCGGAGCCAGCCACUUCCAGGAGCUCUUCGCCAGCCUCACACCCUGGGCCUGUGGCUCCCACACACCUGUGCUAGCGGGUCGAAUGUUCCGACUCCUGGACCAAAACAAGGACUUGCUGAUCAACUUCAAGGAGUUCGUGACAGGAAUGAGUAUGAUGUACCACGGAGACCUCACAGAGAAGCUCAAGGUGCUCUACAAGCUUCACCUUCCCCCAGCUCUGAGCCCCGAGGAAGCUGAGUCAGCCCUGGAGGCCACCCAUUACUUCACAGAGGAUAGCUCCUCAGAAGCAUCUCCUCUGACUUCAGAUCCGGAUCUUUUCCCACCCUGGGAAGUGCAAGAAGCACUACGGCAGGAAGAGCAAGAAGGAAAUGAAGAAGUUCAGGGGAAAAAAGAGGAGAAGGGGCCCAGCCCUCCAGACUACCGACACUACCUUCGCCUAUGGGCCAAGGAGAAGGAGACACGGGAGGAGACCAUUAAGGAUCUGCCCAAGAUGAACCAGGAACAGUUCAUCGAACUGUGCAAGACCCUUUACAAUAUGUUUAGUGAGGACCCCCUGGAGCAGGAGCUGUACCACGCCAUUGCCACAGUGGCCAGCCUCCUCCUGCGCAUCGGUGAGGUGGGGAAGAAGUUUGCAGCCCGCGAGGUCAGGAAGCCCAGGAAUGGGGCUUACUCCAGGGACCACAGCGGUGCCACUGAGGAGGACGAGCCACCAAUGCCUGAACCCGAGCAGGACCCCACAUGGGUGCUUCAGCCCCCCGAUGCGGGGGACACACAAGCCAAAGCUGCUGGGGACAGCCAUGUGGGCAAAGCAGCCCAGGGAAGGCAGGCAGUGGUGGAGGGGGGCAGUGGCGAGGGCCAGGGCUCGCCCUGCCAGCUGCUGUCUGAUGAUGAAACCAAAGACGAUGUGUCCGUGUCCUCCUACUCAGUAGUCAGCACAGGCUCCCUGCAGUGUGAGGACCUCACAGAUGACACAGUGCUGGUGGGUGGGGAGGCCAACAGCCCCACAGCCUCCUCACGCGCUGGGGGCACUGUGGACAUGGACUGGUGCAUCUCCUUUGAGCAGAUCCUGGCCUCUGUCCUGACGGAGUCUGUGCUGGUGAACUUCUUUGAGAAGAGGGUGGACAUUGGUGCCAAGAUGAACGAGCAAAAGAAGGUGGAGAGGCAGUUCAGCAGUGCCAGUGACCACGAGCAGCCAGAGAUUUCGGGCUCCAGCUGAGGCCUUGCCUGUCCCUCUGCCCUCUCCUCUCCUCAGAGACAUCCUCUCCCAUCUUCUCCAGGCAGAGUCACCAACAGAAGAGGGUGGCACAGACCCAGCCACCUCAGAAGGGUGCCCUGCACCUGCAUCUCAGCCCACAAACAGGCAGCUGUGCCGCCUUCCUGUUUGCACUGGGGACUCACCCUGAGCCCAGGCACUGCCAACUUAGAGGUUCCUGUCUGUCCCUGCUUGUCUCACACCUCUGCACCACACCCUGUGCUGAGGCUGUGGAUGCUCUCCAGACAGCUGUGUAACCCAGGUCCCGCUGCUGCCACCUGGUACCAGGCGGGGGCUAGUGCUUGUGAGCUCCAAAGUGUGGAACUUCAGCUGUUCACAGGAGCCUUUAGGCGUGAGCCGCCUGAGAAACAGGCAGAAGACAUCUCUGCCCAGCUGUGCCUAGACUGCCACUAGGUUACACGUGCUUUGGCUCCUCCUCACCAUGACACAUUUGGAGGGCACACCCUCAGGUCCUGAUCUGUUGUCUCCUAUUCAUUUCAGUUGACUAAAUAUCACAUUGAAUGCCUUAAUAAAUCCCUGGAAGAAAUAAAAACCACGCUGCAAGGCCUUGCUGUGGUCCUUGCCCAAUGGUUAGGCCUCAUAGCUAUGCCCCAGACCCAGCACAUCCCCAGGUCCCCACAAGAUAGGUGACCACUUAAGUCAGCCUGGGCAACUCCGCAGGACCAUCUCAAAGUACACACAAAG